AGGAUUGCGAGGAAGCAAUCAAGGGAUUUUGUGGACAGAAUUCGGGCCUGUUUUCAUGCUCUUGCCCUAAUUUGGUCAUGUUUACAUUUCGUAUGCUUCAUUGAUUCUUUAAUGAUGGUGUAAACUACGGCAAGUAUGACCAUCAGUCCACAGACGAUGGAUCUAAAUCAAGACCAUCGACCACAAAACAUGAUUUUCUCAAAGAUGGAGAAGAUCAUUCAAGAUAUGCAACUUCCAGACACAGGCAUUCCUGUUCGAUGUCAAAAGAUAUUCUUGACCACCAUACCAUGUGCUUUCACAGGUUAUGAUCUCAUUGAAUGGUUGAUGGAAAGAUUGGAGAUCCAAGACUCUGCUGAGGCCAUUCAUUUGGGCAACCUGCUAUGUCAUUACGGCUACAUCUUCCCAGUCACGGACAACAGAACCCUCUCCGUCAAAGAUGACAAUUCCCUUUACAGAUUUCAGAGUCCAUACUUCUGGCCCUCCAAAAAUUGGAAUCCUGACAAUGUUGACUAUGCUAUCUACCUUGCAAAGCGAACUAUGAGAAAUAAACAGAGACAUGGACUUGAUGAACAUGAACAGGUUGCGUUUAACAAACUCCAGAAGAUGCUCUGUGAUAAAUGGGAAUUUAUAUAUAUGCAAGCUGAGGAACAAGUAAGACUGGCAAAAGAGAGAAAAAAGGCAGACAAAGUAGUCGUCGAUAGUCAGGAAAAGGCUUUCUGGAGGAUUCAUAGACCAGGUCCCGGGCAGAUCAAAACUCUGGAGGAGGGGAUGAAGAAGAAUCUCAGGAGUACGGAGAGCAAGAAGAAAAAGAGCUUAGAGUUUGUCAAGAAAGAGUAUGAAUUCUUCAAACAUUCAGUCACCAUUCCAAGAAUGAAGACUUCGAAAGUUGUUGAAUGCUUAAUCAGCCGUACCGAGAUGUAUGCAGAGCAUGACCUGAUCAUAGUAGGGGCUUUACCGUCCAAUCCGUGGAUAACAGAUGAUACAACAUUAUGGAUACUGGUCGAAACACCAACAGAGAGGCGGGUGAAGAGAUGGGCGUUUGGUCUCCAUGAACUGCUGCGUGAUCCGACCGGCCGAAACGAGUUUGAGAUCUACCUGAAGAAGGAGUACAGUCAGGAAAACAUUCGAUUCUGGCAAGCUUGUGAAGAGCUGAAGCAAGGGAAGAUGUUGCAGAUUCCAGCACAGGCAAAUGAAAUUUAUAGAGAAUUUCUUGCCCCAGGAGCUCCAUGUGAAAUCAACAUCGACUGCAAAACCAUGGAAUUAACUCAACACAACCUAAAGAACCCUACAAGGUACACAUUUGAUGCUGCCCAGGAACACAUCUUCACGUUGAUGAAGAAGGACAGCUACCAACGGUUCCUGCGAUCAGACCAUUACAAGAACCUGCUGGCGACGGCACUGCAACCUUCCUCCAAGAAGAAGUUCUUCAACUUUGGCACUGGAAAGAAGAAGACACCCGUCCCCAGUCCCCAACCGAAGAGGCGGGGAAGUACAAGCAGCGAGAGGAAUUCGGACGGAAGUAGCGUGAAGGGCAGUACGAGCGGUAUCGUGGGACACCAGCAUUCCUAUAGUACAGGAAACCUACAAGAGCUCGACUUUGAACAGAAACCAACUGGAAAUGUAUUCAGGGAAGAGCCUGCACCUCCUGAGCCUGCUGAGCCCCUCGCUCAGUCUCAGGAGCAGAAUGGUGACUCUGAUAGAAUUGCCUCGCCGAGUACUUUACGCAAGAAACUAGACAGCCUGGUCAAGAGAUCAUCUGGAGAAAGUCCACAGAAGACGAGUCUUGAAGUUCCAGCACAUUAUCCUGUCCGUGCCCAAGAAGAAGACGAUGAUGAAUCAGAGACAAAUGAUAAUGUUGCUAUUAAUGUGCCAUGUAUAAAUGAGGUAGCGCCAUGGGACGACGAGAGUCUGACCGUUUAGGAUAUUGUUAUAACUAUAGGGCAGCAGCUGAGGCGGAAAGGUUAACUCUUCAUAAAGACUGAUCUAUUCGGGCUCAAAUGUCAUGAGAUGUUUCAUUUGUGAUAUGAGUACUGUUGAGGAGUCGGGCCAGAUAUGCUGAGUGUCUUCUGACAUUUUAGGCUGACACUGACAUUGACAUUUCAGAUAUGUCUUGCCGAUUUCUUUACAAGAAUUGGUAUGUCAAAGAAGGGCCUACAUCAUUAUUUUCAGCAUAAAGGUAUGGUGUUUCAACUUUUUCACAUGGGCAAACUUCAAAUCCUGGCUUCUCUCGCCAGCUUUACUUGUGAAAUGAUGAUUUCUUUUGAUUAAAGUAAUGACCCGAACUGUUUGAAUGGAACCGCACUUGGUUACUUUUUCCAUGGGUUCCCUGACAUGUCUGAGUAAACCAUUCUGGUUGAAAAUCUGUCGGUACUGUUUGAUUGAGCAUUUCACCUUUCCAUGCAGUGUAAAUAGUUGUGAGGCACCACUGCCAAAAGAGUAAGUGAGUGACCUUGCAUCGCUCAAAACUCUUGUUAGCUUUGUGAAUACUUGUGGUUUAGUUUUAUGUGAUAGGUGCCAUCUAUUGUCAGUAAAUUGAUAAGAUGGCCGUGUGAACAUGAUGUUACAUCGAACUGUGACAAUUUGCUCUCCGAGUAAAUGGCAACAGGAGAGUUUGUAACUUGAUAUAAACUCUGACGCCAACAACCACGGGCAGGACCACAUGAUCAAGGGCAGAUCCCGAAGAGUAAGUUUUUACAAAUAUGCCGGGUUUUGCAGGCCCUGAUACUGAUAGCUUGUGAGAGUAAGUGGCAGGAGGAAUGUUGCCCCAUUCCUUUUUUUUGAAGUCAAUGGAGGUGUCAGUCCCUCUUGAUUUGGCUGCCUAUGAGCGGAGCUCCUGAUGGCCUUCAGCCGCAAUAUCCAGUAAAUCUCCCAAGAUUGAUGUGAUUUAAAGCAUGGGAAUAUAACUGGGUUGUCUCGAUAACUAAAACUAUUGAUUUUUCAAUAAUAGGGUCAAUGCGAUGCAUUUUUGAACCAGGGUAUUGCUUUUUUCUGAUUUACAUAAUUGCAUAAUAUGGUACAAAAGAAUAAUAUUCCACGCAAUGUGAGGAAAAAAAGCUAGUCAAACUUCUUCCUUCUCCACGUUGCUUCAAUCAUGGCCAUGGGCAGUCUGCAAACAGAGCCAGUUUCUUGAUAAAAAGUAGGCCUCCUAUACUUUGGUUGAAACUGACAAGCUCUGAAAUGAAGACAGAAAGCCUAUGACUGAACAGAAGUAAACUUAUUGUUUGCUGAUGUGUGUGCAUAUGUCUAGUUCCAUUGUUCACAUGUUUAAAUUAUUAACUCUAAACUGCCUUAUGCAUAUCUAAUCUGAUCCAUUGCAGAGUCCAAAGCUGCCAUAAGUUUAGAAAGCUGCCAAUAUGUUUUUAAACAUAUUUAUUUGUUUGUUUUGUUGUAGAAAACGUAAUGGGCAGUUUUGCCGAUAAUUUUUUCUACAUUUUGAAAUUUGUUGACCUUGACUUGAGCACCCGGGUUACCUAGGCAACCUGAAUAGUGUGAUGAAAUGGUAGUUUCUACUAUAAACUGCCAUAUUUCAAUGCCAAUGUUGGAUAAGGCACAUAUCACUCUCUACCAUGAAACUCUUCAGAUGACCCUGGUGCUCAACGUCCAGGCAAUGCAUAACAAGUGCCAUAUCAAAAACAUUUAAUGAAGAAUCUUUCUCAAAAUCUAUUGGUCACAAAAAAUAUUACAUAUCAAAGAGACCACUGCAGUCCUUAUUUUACACAUUGGUAUGUCAUCGAAUAUCAUCAUCUUUGUCUGAGAAAGGUGGUUGGAUAGGUUAUGAAGUUCUUCAGUGCCAUCAUCUUUGUCUGAGAAAGGUGGUUGGAUUGGAUAUGAAGUUCUUCAGUGCCAUCAUCUUUGUCUGAGAAAGGUUGUUGGAUUGGAUAUGAAGUUCUUCAGUGCCAUCGUCUUUGUCUGAGAAAGGUUGUUGGAUUGGAUAUGAAGUUCUUCAGUGCCAUCAUCUUUGUCUGAGAAAGGUUGUUGGAUUGGAUAUGAAGUUCUUCAGUGCCAUCAUCUUUGUCUGAGAAAGGUGGUUGUAUUGGAUAUGAAGUUCUUCAGUGCCAUCAUCUUUGUCUGAGAAAGGUUGUUGGAUUGGAUAUGAAGUUCUUCAGUGCCAUCGUCUUUGUCUGAGAAAGGUUGUUGGAUUGGAUAUGAAGUUCUUCAGUGCCAUCGUCUUUGUCUGAGAAAGGUUGUUGGAUUGGAUAUGAAGAUUCAUCUAAUGCCAUUCUUAUUCUCUAGGUUGGUGGAUAUGUUAUAAAUAUUUUAGGACAGAUAUAGAAAAUGGAUGUUGUGUAUAAAGACAGGUACAUACAGUCCAAAUCACAAAUGACAUCUGUCCUGCUUCGUGUCAGUCUCAGUGUCGUGUCAGUGACAAGUUACGCGUGGAGUUGGGUGCCAAUGAAGCACCAGUGACACGCUUAUCUCUAUCUUUCGCGUAAAUCACACGCGAUCUACGCACUGGGUAGCAUGUCAAUGACCCGCCUCUGACGUGAUUUACAGGAUGACUAUUGUGAUUUGGACUGUAAUUGUCUUAUGAAAGGAACUAUAUACUAGUCUAAUGAUGUAUAGAACUACAAUAUAAACAACUGUUUGAACGCACACUUUAGGGUUAGCAUGAAUGCUGUACAUAUUGAUGAGCAAAAUGUAUAUUAUAUGUUCUUUGUUGUGAAGCAGUUUUGUUCGAUAUCUGGAGUGCAUAAUGUAUGUGCCACACUGAAUAGUCCAAUUGAAAUGUACAAAGUGGUUAAAGGAUAUAUUACUAUAUGUAAGAAAAGAGCAAAAUUAUCCGGGUAAAGUUAGAUUUUUAAGGUGUAAAUUUUGUCUGUAAAUAGUCUAUAUGUCAUAUUGUAUACUCAAAUUAUAAUGGAGAAUCAAAUGUUGACCUUCAUUUCUACUAGUACUGACUUAGAGGAAUGGCUAUUGCUCCAUUGACACCUUGGGUGUCCAAAGUUUUAGAGUAUUUUCAAGUAAAAGUUUUCCUUGACAUGUCUUAAAAACGAGCCCGAAAGUGACACCCAUGAAUGAUAUGUACAGUGUACAUGUAAAAAGAUUUCUUAACUGUAAAACCUUAAAUUAAUGCACUCAUUGUGGCUUUGUGAACUGGGGAGGUAUUUUAGUAGCGAAUUCGGUGGAAUCAAAUUUGGAUAUGAUUCCCUCUUUCUUGGUCAGUACCUCCAGUGGUGGACCUCUGUUUGUGAAAAAACAAAAUUGCUGACUUACGGGGUUGGCCUAUGAUGUUUCUGACUUAAUGUCAGCCUUGAUGUCGAAAUCAACAUUGACCGACCUGUAACUUGACAAAGUUUGACCACUGCACUACAUGGUGCACUGAUCUGGAAAGAGGUGCAUUUGUAUAAAUGUCACAAUUGUAAAUAGUGUAUAUAAUGCUACUGCCUGUACAAAGUCUUCUAGUUUGCUUGACUUUGCGAAUAUGUAUCAAGUGUAUUUGCUUCCUAAUUACAUGUAAUAUAUUGUUCCAGCAUGACCUAUGCAAAUGUAACAGGCAAGGCUAUGGAUGGCUUCAUGUAGUGGUUAGUGCAAUAUUUUAUCAUUUCAUGUCACCACCAGUAGGUUGGUAGAUCGAUGUAUAUUAUGGUCCGAUAGUUCGCUCAGCAGUGUUGACAAAUGUUUCAUAUCGCUCUCAUUUCAUUAGUUGUAUACAAUUUUUAUGAUACCUAUUUCUAUUGCAUCUUUGUUGCAUAGCUUUAAUCAAGAAUUGAUAAAGAUGAUAUAAAAUCUUUAUAAAUUUUUGCUUUAAUCCAUUCAAAACUUCAUUCGGACCGUUUUGAGAAAAGUGCGGACAUACGCAAGACAAAUAUGUAGGAGUUCCAUGCUAAAUAAAUUGGAAGGCAUGGCUGACACUGCAUGCCAUCUUCACUCCACGUGCCGUCGAAAAGUGGGUCACAGUGCUCAGGUGCAUACAAUUUAUUAUAGUAUUUUUGGGAGCGGAAGUGGUAUGAGAGAAGUUUUCAAUGCAGGUUUAAAACUAUGUGACUUUAUGUCAAGAUUCAUUUGAGGUAGACCUCGAAAAAAUUGCCAGGCAUAUUUUGAAAUGAGAGCAAUAUCGGAGCUUUCUCAACUCUAACCACACAUUAGGAUACUUUGCAACACAUUGCCACUUGUAUCUAGCAUUUAAAAUCAUUGUUAGUUGGAAUUAAACGGGUCUGCAUUGGAAGAGAUUGUGAAACUGAGGACCCUUAGAAAUGUUGAAUAUACAUGUAAGGGUUGGUUUGAUCAUUCCACAAAAAUAAUUUAUUUAUCAUCACUGCCCUCGAAGAUUUUUUCUAAACUGCCAUUCUUGUUACUGUAUUGAUACAGUGUGACCCAAAAUGAUUGCAACCAUAGUACGGUUAAUAAAAUGGAUAGCGAUAAUGCUAUGACAUUCAUCUCUCAGACUCUGCUAGUGUAAGAGAUAACAAAACUGCCGUGAAAGUUUCACUUCUUGUGUUCAAAGUCUAGUUUUUAUGACCAUUUCAAAAUGACUUCAGUAGAUAACGUUCAGAUAGACUGUGUGUUUUCCUUCUUCGAACCAAAAAGGUCAAAUGAUUUAAGAUGGCAAACAAUGCUGUGCAUUUUGCUGUGCAAUGACCAUGUAUGAUAUAUUUCUUGCAUAUCUCUGUUCAAUUCAUGUGAUUCAGGUUGUCUGAAAGUGGAAGGUAAUCAAUGUCGUGAUAUCUCUCAUGCCUGAAUCUCUCAUGAAUUUGUAGAUUUCUUACCUAUUUCUUAGUCUGUUUUUCAUUUCAGUUUGUCUGAGAGUCCAAGUAGGUGAUAGUUCUGCUUUGUGCCUGAACCACAAUGAUGCUUUGAGGUAUUAAAAUAUCUCUUGUCCAGUAAUAGUUUUACUCUUUACAUUUAUUUAUCAAAUACAUGUACCAUUUUACUGCAUUUAUGUUUGUUCUCUGUUAACUCAUUUUAGUUCAUUUUGAGAAGAUUAUAUUUGUUUAUUGUUUUGUAGUUAUUUCAUCUUUUUAUUAUCUUUACUGUCGCUAGUAGAAUUUGACACAAUAUGGAGUCUUCUUUGGCGAUAAAAGGGGCACUUCACCUUUUAUAAUUGUGUUAUAUUCUAUCAAACUUGGCCAUUUACGGAAUGUGCCAACUCUUACUCGAUAUCUGUGUCUCUGCAUACUUCUAAAAUGUGAAAUCAUGGAAGUUUCGUAGAAUUGAACUUGUGGUGAUGAUAAUUUACACUUUCUGUUGUAUAUUUAAAGCACCAUAUUCACUGGAACUCGGCAACAAGAAUCACCCUACUGGUCUGCAUUCAUAUCACAAGACACCCCUUCUCUGAUUACAGUAGCUAGUUGAUGUCCUUGUGAAAGUCAACAAUCUUUCUGGAAAAUUUGCCGUGGUAUCUCUUUUUAUCACUGCCAUUGAAUUGAGUCUCACGAUCUUAAAACACAGCAUUAAAAACCAAGUACAUUUGUCAACUUCGUUUACAUGGUUGCUUGAUGGUAUGCAGUUCACAACCAUCUGAAUAGGUGGCACUGGGGUAACUUUAUGUAUGGUAUAUUAAACUGAUGCAGUGUUUCAGUUUAGAAGUUGGACUUUGGGACAGUUGCUGCCCCAGGAGAAGGAGGGUGCACACUGGCAUUUCUAACGGACACUAACAAAGGAAUUGAGGAAUGGACUUGGCCUUUUAAAGUCACUGUGUGUAUUUUUGGCACAUGGCAUUCAUGAUCAUUCUGGCGCCACGGGCUAGGUCUAUAAAGCACAUAUCACGUUUCACCUGCAUUUGAAAAAAGUAUGUCGAAGUCUUGGGAGUCGGGAUGGACAGGUUUGUUUUUUUCUGCUUAAAACUUCCAUGAAUCAUAUCAGUGCCGCCAGUAAGAAUGUAAAAAAAAUCGGUAUUUAGUCUAGACCACUGACUUCUAUGUUUCGAUGCAUUUUGCAUUGUAGUAAAGGACCAUGCUGUUAAAUAAUAAAUCAGAAUUUAGAAGAAA